CUCCGACUAGCUCAAGAUAGCGCACUCUUCAUCGUCUUCCUAUCCUCGAAUGACCCACAUACCGGGCAACCAUGGCAUCCGGACGUGAGACUUGCGCUACCAAGUCUCGAGACGACAUUUUCUCACAAAGACAAGCGGGCGAUCUUUGUGCCCGUUGGGCUACCAGAGGAGCGAAACCCAUGGCGCAAAGACCCUUGGCGUAUUAUCAAUAUCCCAACUGUGGCGCGAUACGAAAGGGAUUAUACCGGCCAGAUCAAGGAAGUUGGAAGGCUGAUUGAGAGGAACAUUCUGGAUGCUCGGCGGCUACAGCAGCUGGUG